CCAGUAAUACUAAUGUAAUAUCUACAUCAAUAAUGCCUGCCAGUAGCAAACCAAAAAUUUCAUUAAAUCCAAUAAGUGUGGACAAAAAUAAUUCAUUUGCAAAAGGGAUGUUGGGAACGCAAUUAAUCUCUGCCACGCCAGCUAUAACAAAAACAUCAAUAAAAAGUCAAAGCUCGAUUAUAUCAGUUGCCCACACCUUUAUCACAGAAAAAUCAUCUUCUGUAUCUAUAAUAUCAGUAAUAAAGAGGAAAAACACAUCAAAAGAAUCAAUAGGCAGUACUGUUAUUAUCCAGAACACAUCCAAUACAUCAAAUAUAAAGAGAACAUUUACGAAACAAUCAUUUUCUACUAUAUUAAAACCAUCUAUAUAUGAACUAAAAAGUCAUUCUCUAGAAGGUACCAUUAAAAAAAUUGGAACGUCGUCUAUUAAAUUAACUGCUUCUUUAUCCGUCACAGCAAAUUCGAAAGAUAUUUAUACAUUCCUGACAAAAGAAAAAACAAUUUCAACUUCCAGUUCUACUUCAAUUUUGACAGCAAAUAAUGUCAUCGUUAAUGCAACUAAAAGACACACAUUGGCAUCUUUCACGUCUGCAGCGGAUAUAACUUCCUUUCUUUUCAAAACAGUACAACCCACACAAAAAUUGACGACUACAAAAAUAAAUUACUCCGGUAGUAUUGUUGACAAUAAUGUAACGAGUGCUGUAGCAAGAACAAGUGGAAAACUUAUAAAAACUCUGUUUAUCUCGCCGUCGAAAACAGAAAACCAAAUGUCAUUAACCACAAGAAUUUCAAUAACAUGCUCAAACAGCUUGUGCAUUGGAAAAACAAACGGCAAUUACAAACACCCUGACAAUCCUCAUUUCAUUCUGCAAUGUGUGAACGAGAGAGCUCAUUGUACUUCAUGUUGGCCAAAGUCGUUAUUCUUUGUUCCUGAGUGCAACAAAUGCUUGUAUCAACAAUCAGACGCUAUUAAAUGUAUCUCCUUAUCAAUAUCAGCAAAAACAACAGCAUCAUCAACAAUGACACCUGUAACUACAAGGACACCAAUAAAAACUCUUCAAACAACAAAAAUGACAAACCAGAAAACUACUAAUCCCAUCACUACUACAACAACGACAAUUUUAAUGUUUAAAUGUCCAAAUAUUUGUGAGAUCAAAGCACCUCAGUUCAGUGGAGUUAUGGCACAUCCUACUCAUAAAAACUAUUUUAUAUCGUGUUGGCUGGGACGAAGAAUAGCUUGUAUGAAAUGCCCAGUAUCUUUAUUCUUUAAUGAAGCAAUAGGCGCAUGUGAUUUUCCUUGGAACUUGUAAAUGUGCUAAUUAAAAUAUGUCCGACAAAGACGUCAAUUUAUAACAAUUGAUACUUUAAAUUUUACUUUAUUAUUGAGAAAAAAAAUCUAAAAUUUCCCGUGAGAAUAUUGCGCUCAUAAACUAGUUAGAUUGGACAGGAAGAUAUGUUAAAAAAAAUUAUUAUGGCAUUUUUUGACAAGGUUUUUUUAUAGAUUUUUAAAUCCUAAAAUCAAUCAAGAUAACUACUAUCGAUAAAUAAUUCUAACUGACAACUAAGUGUCUAUUUAUCUGUUUUCAUGGCUGGAUUGGGUGGA